AUCAAAAGCUGCCCACAACAAUCAACUAAAAAAUAGAGAAAGAAAAUAUAUAGCAUUCUUAAUCCAUAGUUCUUCCAAGAACACAUAGCAAACAUCCAAUCCAAUCGUCCCACAUAUAUUCAUUCAAAUCCACAAUAUCAAGUAGAUAUCAAAGUCGGAAAACAACCAUGAGAAACCCAUCUCCGGCGUCAUCAUCACCGUCGACAACGAAAGCACCAUCAGCGAAAACAACGAAGACUCCAUGCUGCAGCAAGGUGGGGUUGAAGAGAGGGCCGUGGACGCCUGAAGAGGACGAGCUCCUUUCCAAUUACAUCAAGAAGGAAGGCGAGGGACGGUGGCGAACCCUUCCCAAGUGCGCAGGUCUACUCCGCUGCGGUAAGAGCUGUCGCCUUCGCUGGAUGAACUAUCUUCGACCUUCUGUCAAACGUGGACAGAUCGCCCCAGAUGAGGAGGAUCUCAUUCUCCGCCUCCAUCGCCUUCUUGGCAAUCGGUGGUCUUUGAUAGCCGGAAGAAUUCCGGGACGGACAGAUAAUGAAAUAAAGAACUACUGGAACACUCACCUGAGUAAGAAGCUGAUAAGCCAAGGAAUUGAUCCGAGGACCCACAAGCCUCUAAACCCUGACCAGUCCUCUAAUGAUCUCAAGGCUAGUUCCUCCAAAUCCAAUCGCAAUGUGGCAGAAACUCCAAACCCUAAACCUACCAACAACCAUGAUUCUUCUAGCUUGGAAGAGACUAGCAGUGGCCACAAAGAAAACCCAUCCCUGGAUCACUAUCAAAGUGGGAUGAUGACCUCGGGUUUUGGUGGUGGCUACAGAUUCACUAGCUUGCUCAACUGUGAUGAUUCUGUGAUAGACAUGAGGAGCAAUAACAAGCGAGGGUUUAGCAAUAAUGAGGAGGAUGAGAAUAUCAACGACUGCACUGAUGAUGUUUUCUCAUCAUUUCUAAACUCAUUGAUCAAUGAAGAUGCCUUCCCUAGCCAACAUCAACUAAUGCAUUAUCAAGGCAAUGAGAUUGCACCUGGUUCAGAUCCUUUGAUUUCAAUGCCUGCAUCAGCUUUCAGGCUUGGGAUGACUAGUUGGGAGUCUUCACUUAUGUCUUCAAAUUUCAUCCCAAAUGAUCCAAAAGAGGGUUAAUACAUGAAGCACAUGAAAUAUGGCCACUGCCUAAUUAUGAGAUUAUAAGAAUCCUACCUAGCUAAGGGUUUGUGUUGUCAUUUUAUGUAUGAUGUUUCUAUUUAUUCUAGAUCCACUCCUUGAUAAUAUAAUAUCAUAUCAUAUUAUUGAGGUUCUUAGGCUUAUAUAUGGUGCUGUAUUUGUAGGCAACCAUAUAUAUAUGAGUGGAACAAGCUAGACUGAUUUGUUUAUGUAUGUAUGUGACUUGGUUUUCUUAAUUAUAUAAUUAAAGUUUGCUAGUGUGUGUUGUAUAUUGUAGCUUGUUAAUUCUUUAGUUUCUUCCAUUUCUAAAGUUGCACAAUUGAAUCCAUCAAUGAUAAAUAUGCUAUUUUGCAAAACUUUAAUAUGCAUACAUUUAACAAAUUGUGAUCUUAAUUCAAAUGGAUCAAUAAUAUGUAUAGAUGGUCCUAUAAAUUGCUUUUAGUUACUUUAGGUUGAAAUCACAUUGGAGGCAUAUGCGAUUUGCUCCAUUUUUAGUGUGCUUUGCUUAUAUCUUCUUACAUUCUUUCUUAUUGUUAAUUCUACACCACAAUUAUCAAGGAUAUAAAUAUAUUUUGAAAAUUUGUAACUAGAUGCGCAACACAAAGAAGAAAUGACUCAAGUGACAUAUAUUAUGAUAUCAUGUAAGGCUUACGUGCAAGUGCAUAUGCAUAUAAUGCUUGCGUGUGUAAAUACUUUUUGACAUGCAAGUAUGCUUCUCAAGCGUGACGAGUUUGCAUUCUGAUACAUGUGUAUAUUAGAGAUUUAAAAAUAUUAAUUAUGCAAUUAAUUUACAAGUUAAAGGGUUUUUGACAUAAUAUACAUUAAUGUAUAGAUUGUAAUUGGUUACAUAU